AUGGAUCAUCUCCUCCAUCUUGAUACAGAUGUCGUCUGUCUUCUAGCCAAACUAAACACCUACGACUAUAUCAUCGUAGGAAGCGGUUUCGGCGGAGGUCCUCUAGCUGAACAGCUAGUAUCCCAGCAGUACAAAGUCUUGCUGAUCGAGCGCGGCAGCGUCAUUUUCUCCACCCACGUUCUCAAUACUUCUCGCCCUUACUUCAACCGUGGCGCAAGUAAUUCCCCCGAGGGUAAUGAGCGCGUAUAUGACGCUGUAAAAGCCAAGGUGCAAUGCACCGACCGCUCUGAUAGUUAUGUCGGCGGUCCAGUGUAUUGCGUCGGUGGACGAUCUAAUCUCUGGGGUACUUGGAUUCCAGAGAUUGGCGACGAGACGCUUGGUGCUUUCUUCCCAGCCGAUGUUGUUGAUUAUCUCAAGGGCGAUCCAGUUCGAGGAUACAAUAAGGCGUUCAGGUAUCUCACUGACUCGCAGCCUGGUGAUGUCAUUUACCCUGAGGGUGACGGCAAGCAUGAAGUCAGCGCUUCAGAGAUUGGCGAAGCAAAUCAGAUGUUGGAAAAUGCCUUGUCUGGAUCAAAGUUCGAUCUAAUGCCCAUCGCGGCGCAAUUCAAUGCUCCGGCACCAUACAAGUUCGCUCAAGGUGCAUACAGCACUACCCUCAGCAUCAUCAAUCGCAUGUAUGCCAACGAUCAGUACCUCUCUGUUCUUCUCAACACAGAGGUCAUCGCUGUUCAACACACUGCAAGCAAUACCUUCAACAAAAGCGUCAACGCUCUCAAGAUCAGAGACAAAUCCACCAACACCAUCAAAGAGCUUGACGUCGGUAGAGCCAAAGUCAUCCUCUCCGCCGGAACAAUCGGCACCGCCUCCAUCGCCCUCAACAGCGGUCUUGACCACCUCAAUCCCCUAGUCGGCAAAGGUCUCAUCGACCAUAACGUCUGCUACGUGCGGUUCGCCAAGCAAAAGUCCGACACCGUCACCUCAAAGCCCCUCAAUCUCAAAACACACCUCAAAGUCGGUGGUGAAGAAUGUCUCGUCACAGUGACGAUCAAUGCGAAUUUCUUCUUGGCUGGAAGUUCUGCGACGCUCAACACGACGCACUUUUAUCGUCGUGAUGGGACCCUCAUGAGUCCUAAGGGUGCGGCUGAUGAGAAGGAGAACUUCGAUACUAUCUGCAUACUAUUCGAGUUUGUUGGGAAACUUGAUGACGAGAAUUCUGUGCUUAGUCUUCCGGGCUUGGAUCCUGUGCUGGAUAUUCGUCGACCGCCGAUCAAGCAUGAGGUUCAAUGUGCUAUGGAGGAUAUCAUCCGCAGAGUUCGCGAUGCUUUUGUUGGUGUGAAGCCCAACCAAGCUACGUAUGCGGACCCGGGAGUUUGUCCUGAUCCUGGCCUGAGACCACAGCAUCUGGGCUUUGGAGUGUUUUCUCAUGAAUGCGGAACGAUGAGAAUGGAUGGACCGCAGGGACCUGGUGUUGUAGACUCUAACCUCAAGGUCAAGGGAUUGGAUAACCUUUGGGUUUGCGAUCUCUCAGUUCUGCCUGUUAGUCCCGAGGCCAAUCCCUCGUUGACACUGGCAGCUCUUUCGCUGAGGCUUGCUGAGCAUCUCUGCGGUAAGAAUCAUUGA